UACAAUGUGGCGCUGCGAGGUCCUCCUGCUCUCACAGGGCGCAUGAGAGCCGCUGCAAGCCGGAGCAGAGAGAUUCCCAGUCAGUGCUGAAGUCAGUCUACCUCCCACAGCCACCAUGAGAGUCCUCCUGCUCCUCUGCAUGCCAGUCCUGCUGCUCGGCCAGGCUCAGUACCAGGAACCCUUUCCAUUUCUGGAGGACUACGGGCCGGAUUACUUCCCAGAGACUCCAGAGUCCGACAAUCUUCCGGGAACGUUCCAGCAGCAGGUUCGACAGGAACCAGUGGUCCGUCCAGAGAAAUCAGGGUCUGAUUUGGAGACGGAGCCCACGGAGCCCGGCCCUCUCGACUGCAGAGAGGAGCAGUAUCCCUGCACCAGGCUCUACUCGGUCCACAAGCCGUGCAAGCAGUGCCUCAACAACCUCUGCUUCUACAGCCUGAGACGGGUGUACGUCAUCAACAAGGAGAUCUGCGUGCGGACCGUGUGCGCGCACGAGGAGCUGCUCAAAGCGGACCUGUGCCGGGACCAGUUCUCGCGCUGCGGCGUGGCGGCGCUGAGCGGACAGUGCUCGUCGCUCGGCGGCAGCUGCGGGAGGAGCUGCGGGGGCUGCUGAUGAUAUCGGGGGACUUCACCUGCCCAGAUGCACUGCCGCCAUUCUCGUCUUGGUCCUCCUUGUGUCUCCUCCCUCCCGUCCUCUGUAGCACUCAUUACUCUCGUUUUGUUUUUUUGUUUUUUUACGGAUAAAUAUACUCCAAGGAACAUUGAUGAUUGUAUGAAUCACUGGUGCUAUAAAACUAUUAGUGGUGCACAUAAAACUGCAGAACAUCUUGUUUCUUUUUUUUAAUUGCAUACUGUACCAUAUUAAUCUCAUGCUUUGUGUGUUUUUUUUUUGUUUUUUGUUUUUUGGAUAUGUUACUGUAUUUGUGUUGAGAAGCAGUCAUUGGCAUGAUGACCAGCUCAUCAGUGGGGGGGGCCACAGCGCACUGACAUCCCAUAAAACUCAUCACUUUCCAGCCUUCCACUGUCUCACUGUUGAAGAUGAGGCAGCGGGCGUUGAGUGACCUCAGUUUUUGUACUACUGCCACCUGGAUCUGUGCAUCGCAGCUGAGCCGUGGCAACUCACGCUUUGAAAAAGGCAUCUCACGAAUGGCCUCUGUACUACUGCUUCAUCAAACUGUCACUAUAAAGA